UUGAGCCGUUUGAGGUUGAAAUGCUCGAGACAUGAGGUCUAGGUGCACGAGUUCUUUAUGAAGAACUCGCAACGCGCUUGGUCGACUCCACCAAGAUAAGAAGGCUGGUCUGUUUUUUGCUCAAUGCAUUGCAUUUCCAUUCAAAGUGGUAAUGCUGCCAAGCAUGCCAGCCUUUUGGAAACGUUACCCGAAUUUGACAGAGACGAAGAUUUCUUUAUUGAAGGUUUGUAUAUAGCAUACAGAUUUGAUUUAAUAUAGAAGUGGUGGCAAUCUUUCGUUGGCUCAGGAAUCCAGCAAAUCAUAUCUGUCAUGUCUAUUUAUGUGAAGAGUAGAUUAAAAAGACUUCUUCAAAAUGAUAGCGGACGUUAAUAUUAUCAAGGAUCCUUCAGGUUUGUUUAACAACGUCACCCAAAGGCAGAAAGGAAAAUACAUUGAUUAGUAACAAUUGAAGUCAUGAAACCACCUCCGUCACAAGCAGUUAAAUUUUAAAAGCCAAAGUCAAUUAAUUUUCUAUUCUCAAAAUAUCAUAAAACAAGUCAGUCGAAACGUUUUACGAUCAAAUGUUUUUUGGAAAUUAAAUCUUUUCUAGAAAUGACAUAACAGGUAGACGAGUACGCUUACAUAGUUAGAAUUAAGUAGUAGAGGAAGUAUUAAAAUUGGCUUAAAAUGUUAAUAAAAUUAAUAUUUUUAAAUACAUUUCUAAGUUUAACACUAGGGGAUGCGAUAUUCCGUAAGUAUUCUAAUAUAGCAUGACACCUCAUACUAACACUAUAAAAGCGAAAGUCUGUAUGUGUGUAUUUAACCUCCAGAAGCUCAACGACUUGACCUGUUUUGAUGAAAUUCGGUUUGGGUUAGCUGGUACCCUGGAUUACCACGUACUUUUUAUCCAAAUACGGAUAAAGUUUUGUUUGUAACCAACAUACAAGCAAGUGAAACAGCGGGAAAAAACUAGUUAUGAUUGAAGAUGUGGAAAUAUUUCUUGACACUGGACAACUUAACAUAUUAUAUGACAUUGAAUAUAAACAAUUUCAAUUGGUUAGGAUUUGGGUCUAUCAGUGAACCUUAUGACAAUAACUAAGUCAUACAUUUUUUCAUGAUAAUUUAAUAUAUUUUGAUAAUUUUCCAAUAGGUACGUGUGUCCCGAACACUCAGUUCUUACUGAAUGGCCGGUUAUGUUACUGCAAUAGCCUCGGUCAGUGGAGCGAGGCGACGUGUCAGAUGAUCGGGAGACGGCAGACCUGCCAGCCCGGCCAGAUCAUAUGGGAAGAGUGCAGUCAGUGCAUAUGCCAGGAGAAUGGGAAACUCCUCUGUACAAACACAGAAUGCGCUGACGAAAGCACGAAGAAGAACUCCAGUCUCCAGGAGCCCGGCGCCGAGCUGUGGUGCACGCCGUUCAGGUCUUAUUACAUCAACUGUAGCCUCUGCGUCUGUCCAGCUUCCGGGAAAAUGUCUGAAGCACGAUGCGCCACCGACUCCUCCUGCUCACUUAAAGGACCAAACUUGUCCUUAGACGCCAUCACGCAAAACGUUUGCAUCCCAAAAGUCAUGUAUUUGUUCCCUUGCCUGCAUUGUUUGUGCGCGGAUGACGGGUUCUUUGUCCAGACUAAAUGUGUAGAGACUUGCCACAAACUCCCCGAGUCGGCCCGUAGAUGUCUUCCUAGAACAUUUUAUAGGAUCGAUUGCAAUGUGUUUCGGUGUCCGGACACUGGUGUCCCCGACAGCAAUCUUAGAUCAAAAUCAGAAUGCAACGAACAUCCAGACGUACUCACUUCAUUGAUAAGUUUGAGGAAUAUAACGAACUCGUGUUUGCCUAAUAAAUUCACGAAGCCGAAAUGUAUUUAUUGUGAAUGUAACUCACAAGGAAUCGUCAAUGAAAGUAGGUGUCUCGAACAGGAAUGUUUGAAGAUAAGCGAUUACAAUUAUGAUUUCGUGAAAAGUACGUGCAGUCCGGGGGAGAUGGUGCCCACAUGUAUGGAAUGUUUCUGCUCAAGAUCUAGUGUAACCCAUGAGAAGUAUUGCACUAGAGUGUGCUCGUUCCAAAAUAAACUAAUCAUGCUCGAACGUGUGCUGAAAGAAAAUAUAAGCAUGAUAGACCGCAAUAUUGUUAAAGACGUAGGAAUCGGCAGCGAAACAUGCGAUCCCAACUCAGUCAUUGUUGACCAAGGGAAAUACUGUUUGUGCCCAGAAAAUGGUAACACAAACUUUAAACUUUGCACUUCAGUCCUCGAUGACACAGGCCCGAAAAAAACACAAAGGGUCCUGACUGACAAAGUGAACCUGAUAGACUACAACACUACGUGUGAACCAAACACGUUCGUUGAGUUCGGCUGCAAUACCUGCUACUGUACCAAGGAUGGUAGGAUUGAUUCAAAAUGGUGUACGUUUGAUGAUUGUCAAGCCAAGAAGGUUAUCCAAGACGCACAUUACAGUCGUAUUUCAGCUGUGCCGGCUGAGCCCAUGUCCACUUGUGUUCCUGGUUCAAUAUCCAAAAUAGACUGUAACUUCUGUAUUUGCAGCUUAAGUGGGUUAGUAAAAGAUAGAGCGUGUACUAAUAACACCUGUAGCGGCGAAUACAAACCUGUUGGAAACGAAUUUGCCUGCGAGCCAUCAGCGUACUACACUGUUGACUGUAAUAUUUGCUUCUGUUCAAGUGAUGGCGUCAAAAACGUAGACAAGUGCACCAAAAAUCAUUGCGAAACGAAUUUCUUGAGAUCAGAUUCCUGCACACCAGGUGACUUGUUUAGCGACGACUGUAACAUCUGCGUAUGCCCUACAAACGGAGACAAGAAAGACAAAGCCUGCACCAACAGGACCUGCUCGGAGUCAGACACUCCUUGGAAAAAAAUAUUCAAACUUUCCCAAAAUUUGUUGGGGAACCAAAUUGUGGAGGAAACGACGAAGAACUUGGAGCUCUGCUUUCCUGGGGAAGAGUUUGAGUCGUCAUGCAAGCUCUGUGUGUGCCCUGAGAUGGGGCUGAGGGAGUAUGCCUCAUGCACCCCCAUGCUAUGCGACAAGGACCCUCAGAUGAGUACUGUGAGUACUUUAUCCACAUCUUGACCGGACUGAUGACAAGACCGGGGAUUUGAUUGUUAUUUAA